AUGCUCAUUAUUGAUGUCAAUACGAGUUCCUUCAAUAAUGCAGCUACUUCCACUUCUCCCAUUUCUACUGCCACACCGAAUGGUGCAACAUUUUUAACCGGCAAUCAAUUGCAACAACAACAAAAAAUAAUUCCUUCCCAAAUUUAUACCGCAGUAUCAUCAUCACCCGCCUCUUCAACAACAACAACUCCUGUUAGUACACCAUCAUCUACCACCAUAACUUCUCCACCUGUCACUAAUGUUAAAAAACGCAAAAAUUCUAGCGUUAGAGAUGACAAGGGUGGAAAAAAGGCUAAAAAAAUUAGUGCUAAAAAACCGGGUAUAAAAAGUACUGAAAUUAAUUCACUACUGGGAGAAGUGUGGAGAAAUAUGUCCGAGGAAGAUAAAAAGCCCUACCUCCAAAUGAGGGAUACAGCAUUGGAACAGUACGAAAAGGAUUUGGCGAACGACGUAAUGUACCAAGAGGCUGUCAAAAUUGCUAGAAAAAUUUUAGACGGUUUAGAAACCGAUCUAAAUGAUCGUUGGUAUGAAUAUGAAUUACCAACAUCGCUAAAUAAUCUUGUAGAAAUCAAUUAUUCAAGCACAAAUACAAAUCCAUCCUUAUUUUUAAAAUGA